UCUGCAGAAGCUCAGGCUCAAACAUGGGGAAAGGUUUUUACAUCAGCAAAGCCGUUGGGGUCGUCCUCAUAAUCGUAGGCUUGGCAGCCUUGUCUACUAUUAUAGCCCUAUCUGUUGUUUACUCACAGGAAAAGGACAAAAAUAAUCAAGUCUCACCGACGAAUGGAGGGACAACAUCACAACCCUCUACAACAACAUCAAGCCCAUCCAAUGAACCUUGGGACAAGUAUCGCCUUCCCAAGAGCCUGGUGCCAAAAUAUUACAACCUCACCUUGUAUCCUCGACUGACUCCAGACAAUCACACUAACCUCUACAUUUUUACAGGUGAGUCCAGUGUGGUGUUUGAGUGUGUUGAAGAUACUGACCUGAUCUUGAUCCACUCCAAUAAGCUGAACUACACCACUGAUCCCGUGCUCACCUCAUUGGAUGUUGAGGUGGAGGCUCCUGAGAUCGCUGAGAAGUGGUUCCAGACCGUGACUCAGUACUUGGUCAUAAAACUAAAGAGUAAACUGUUGAAGUACUGUACUUACCAACUUCACAUGACAUUCCAAGGAGAACUGGCAGAUGACCUUGGAGGCUUCUACAGGAGUGAAUACAAGGAAAAUGAAACGACCAGGGUUCUUGCCACGACUCAGAUGCAGCCGACGGAUGCCAGGAAGGCAUUUCCCUGUUUUGAUGAGCCAGCCAUGAAAGCCAUUUUCAGCAUCACUCUGAUACACGACAUUGGAACAGUGGCUCUGUCCAACGGCAAAGAAACAGAAACCGUCCCCUAUAUUUUUGAUGGGAAACUCGUGCAGAAGACAGUUUUUGAACCAACUGUAAAGAUGUCCACUUACCUGCUGGCCUUCAUUGUCUGUGACUUUGACAACAUUAGCAACACCAUUGAUGACGUUUUGAUCCGCAUCUUUGCUCGGAAAGCGGCCAUUCGUGAUCAGCAGGGAGAAUAUGCCCUCAACUUAACCGGACCCAUACUGAAGUUCUUUGAGGAAUAUUACAAUUCCAGCUACCCUCUUCCAAAAUCAGAUCAGAUUGCUCUCCCAGAUUUUAAUGCCGGAGCGAUGGAGAACUGGGGUUUGAUCACAUACAGGGAGACAGCUCUGUUGUAUGACCCCGAUUACUCGUCCAACUCCAACAAGCAGCGGAUCGCCACCAUCAUCGCUCAUGAACUGGCUCACAUGUGGUUUGGAAAUCUGGUUACCCUGAGGUGGUGGAAUGACUUGUGGCUCAAUGAAGGCUUUGCUUCCUAUGUUGAAUACCUGGGAGCCAACUAUGCUGAACCGAACUGGAAUGUGUCAGACCUCAUCGUGUUGAGUGACAUCCACCGAGUGUUUGCCAUUGAUGCCUUAGCUACGUCUCACCCUCUGUCCUCUGAUGAAGAGACGAUCCAAACCCCAGCACAGAUCAGUGAGCUGUUUGAUGCCAUCUCUUAUAGCAAGGGAGCAUCUGUUCUGAGGAUGCUGUCUGAUUUUUUGACUGAGGAAGUCUUCAAAAUGGGACUCAGGAGUUACCUGGAAGCUUUUAAGUUUGAUAAUGCAGUCUACACAGAUCUAUGGAACCAUCUGCAACAGGUUGUUGAUGAUUAUAACAUAAAUCUUCCUACAAGUGUUCACAAAAUUAUGAACACCUGGGUGCGGCAGAUGGGGUUUCCUGUUGUUACCGUUAAUACCAGCAAUGGAAAUGUAUCCCAGAAGCACUUCCUUCUGGACCCAGAUUCUGAAGUUACGGUCGACUCUCCGUUCAAUUAUGAAUGGAUUAUUCCAAUGCGGUGGAUGAAAGCUACAGUCCAACAAGAACAGAUAUGGUUGAACAGUACAUCACAAAUAAUUAAGGAGAUGCAGGCAUCAGGAGAUGACUGGGUGUUGGUGAACCUCAAUGUUGUAGGCUACUACAGAGUAAACUAUGAUGAUAGAAACUGGAACAGCCUUCUAAAAGUAUUAAUUGAGGAUCAUUCGAAAAUUCCUGUGAUCAACAGAGCUCAGCUUGUGGAUGAUGCCUUCAACCUGGCCAGAGCAAAUAUUAUCACAACAGUGCAGGCUCUCAAUACCACACUUUACCUAAACAAGGAGCGAGACUACAUGCCAUGGACGUCGGCCACGGGGAAUCUGGAUUUCUUCUACCUGAUAUUCGACCGCAGCGAAAUUUAUGGCCCCAUGCAGGAUUAUCUGAAGACACAGGUGACCCCUCUGUUUGAGUACUACAAAAGCAUGACUGACAACUGGAGUAAUGUACCCGAUGGACACCUUGACCAGUACAAUCAGGUGAAUGCUAUCAGCCUAGCUUGCAAGACAGGCCUCUCGGAAUGUCAAAAUCUGACAACGGAAUUGUUCAAGAAAUGGAUGGCUGAUUAUAACAACAACCCGAUCCAUCCCAACCUACGAUCCACAGUGUACUGCAAUGCUAUUGCAGCAGGGGGCGCUACAGAGUGGGAUUUUGCUUGGUCAGCAUUUAAGAGCACCACCAUUGCUAGUGAAGCUGACAAACUGCGCUAUGCACUUUCAUGCUCCAAAGAGCCUUGGAUCCUCAACAGGUACUUGAAGUACACUUUGAUGCCAAAUAUGAUUCGGAAACAAGAUGCCACUUCCACCAUCGUCUACAUUGCCAGUAAUGUGAUUGGUCAGCCUCUGGCUUGGGACUUUGUCAGGGCUAAAUGGUCUUACAUCUUUAAUCAGUAUGGUGGUGGAUCUUUCUCCUUCUCCAAUCUCAUCAACGGAGUCACAGAACGUUUUUCAACAGACUUUGAGCUUCAGCAGCUGAAGCAGUUUAAGGAAGAUAACUCUGAGACUGGUUUUGGCUCUGGAACCCUGGCACUGGAACAGUCCAUAGAGAGAACCAUCGCAAACAUUAAAUGGAUUGAAGUCAAUAAGCAGCCAGUUCUGCAGUGGUUCCAGGAUCAUAGCAUUGUUUUAAAAUGACGUGUGAGGAGCAGAGGUUUCAUAUGCAUUCAAAUGAGCCACUGAAAUUAGAUUAGACAUAAAUUUACUUGAUGAGCAUUUGUUAUACUGCAAUAUUCUUUCAUAACAACAAUGUGAAAAGUUCCUGUCAUAUUUGAAACCAAGCUAUUUGUUUGAAUAAAGCUGAACUUGUCUGAAAGCUU